AUGCUAUUGGAUGAUAUCCUUUCAGUAGAUGAAAUCGUCGUUUUAAUAACAUUUAAUACUGUUGAACGUAAGGAUGCACAAUUAACUGGUGAUCAAUUUCGAUAUCUAUCAACAGUAAUGAAUUCGAAUCAUCUCGGAUGGAUUUCAUUAGAAGAACGUCAAGAUAAACAUCAUCAUAAGGUUGUUCGUGACCGCGAUCGAUAUUAUAUUGCUGGUGGUGGAAUAGCUAAUCGAUUGUUCUAUACAGCGUAA